AUGGCUUCCAAGAGAAGAUCUUGUAAAAAUAAACCCGACGUAUUUUGCUAUAUCUGCGGUGAAUACACACUUGUUCAUAACAGGAAUCAAGUCACAUGUUUCAUAAAGCGUGCUUACCAUGCUUAUUUUGGUAUUAAACUUGGUGACCAGGAUAAAGAUUGGGCGCCACACAUGGUAUGCAAGGCUUGCACCGUGUAUCUGCGUCAGUGGACCAAGGGCAAGAAGACGUGUCUGAAGUUUGGAAUUCCCAUGGUUUGGCGGGAGCAGAGAAACCAUGACACUGACUGCUACUUCUGUAGCAUCGAUCUGACUGGGAUAAACAGAAAGAACCGAAGCAGCCUCGAGUAUCCUGAUUUGCAAUCUGCACGUCGUCCUGUAGCUCAUUGUGAUGAUAUUCCAGUACCUGUGUUUCACAAACUUCAAGACAUCAGUGAUGACGAAUCCUCUAGUGAUGAAGAUCAGGAAACAGAAGAAGAAUGGCCAGUUGUUGACGAUGAAACUCCACAGCUUUUUUCCCAACAGGAGCUAAAUGAUCUAGUUCGCGACCUCAGCUUGUCAAAGGCCUCUGCUGAACUGCAUCAAGAGUACCUCCAAUUUUUCUCGGAGGUGCAGGACUUGGUGUACUGCACAGAUAUUGCACAGCUUCUGCACCACCUGGGAGUGCCGCAGUACAAGCCCAAAGACUGGAGACUGUUCAUUGACAGCAGCAAGCGGUCACUGAAAUGUGUUCUACUGCACAACGGCAACCAGUUUGCCUCUGUGCCCCUUGCUCACUCUACUAAACUGAAGGAGAAGUAUGAAGCGGUGAAGUAUGUGCUGGAGAUGAUUCGUUAUGAUCAGCAUAAGUGGGUUAUUUGUGUCGAUCUGAAGAUGGUGAAUUUUUUGUUGGGGCAACAAUCCGGGUUCACCAAAUACCCAUGUUUUCUGUGCAUGUGGGACAGUAGGGACACUGCUCACCAUUACACGAAGAAGGACUGGCCUGUGCGAGAGGAACUAGUGCCUUGCAGAGCAAGUAACGUUAUCAACAGCCCUCUGGUGGACAGAGACAGGAUACUCUUCCCACCACUGCACAUCAAGCUUGGCUUGAUCAAGCAGUUCACAAAAGCUCUAGACAAGGAAGGUGGCUGCUUCAAUUACAUGUGCCAGACAUUUCCGGGAGUAACCAUAGUGAACUUAAAAGCUGGUAUCUUUGACGGUCCUCAAAUCCGUCGGCUCAUCAGAAAUCCAGAGUUUGAAAAGUCAAUGAACAAAGUGGAACAGGAAGCAUGGAAUGCUUUUGUUCUCGUUGUGAAAAACUUCCUUGGCAACAACAAGGCCAGAAACUAUGCUGAACUUGUCAACAAUAUGAAUCUUGGAUCAAUGAGCGACGAGCAGGGAGAGAGAUUCCACCAGGAGAUGAAGGAGAUGGAGACCAGGUAUCAGGGACGUUGGAAUGCCGUCAUGAUGGCUGAUUACUGCUGGACUCUAAAGAGAGACAUCCCUGAUGCUGAGCAUUCCAGGGUAUCCAAUAAACGGAAGUUCCAGCCCUAA